AUGCUUGAACUUGUCAGCAGGAAUUAUUGGUGGCCUGGAAUGAAAUCCUCUGCUAAAGAAUGGGUCAAAUGCUGCCCAAUAUGCCAAGCCAACCGGCAAGCCCAUGCACCGGUCAUUGCCCUUAAACCCCUAGAAGUCCCACCAUUCCCUUUCCACACAAUCUCCUAUGACUUCAUCACGGGGUUCCCCAAGUCCCAGGGACACAAUGCUAUCUUAGUAGUGAUUGAUUUGUUUUCCAAGUUUGGCCAUUUUAUCCCUACCUCCAAAAAGGUCACAGCAAAAGGGCUGGCGGACUUGUUUGUCAAUCACGUCUGGAAACUCCAUGGCCUACCAGUAAAAACCGUCUCAGACAGGGGAACUAUGUUUACAGGUAAAUUCCUUAGGGCACUGUACCAAUGUCUUGGGAUCAAGCCAGCCUUCUUGUCAGCCUACCACCUGGAAUUGGACAGACAAACAGAAAGGGUCAACCAGUUCAUAGAAUUCUACCUCAGGUCAUACGUAGCAGCAGAUCACUUGGAUUGGGCAACAUGGUUACCACUAGCAGAAUACGCGUACAACAAUGCCAAGCACACUGCUACAGGAAAAACCCCAUUUGAGCUGAUUUACAGAAGAAACCUGGUAAUGAACCUGUCCAACGUCCCGGCAAAUGUACCAGAAGCCAAUCUUGUAGCUGAUACCCUGGCCCAAGAAUGGAAAGAAGCAGAAUCCGCCCUGAGAAUGACAAAGGAGAAAAUGGCAGGAACAAGGGGAGUGGUCCCAGAAUAUUCCAUUGGGGAAAAAGUAUGGCUAGACGCAAAGAAUGUGGAGAUCCGCUUGAACUCCAACAAACUAGAUCCCAAGCAACUAGGACCCUUCAAGGUCACCAAAAAGAUCUCUAGUCACACGUACCGCCUGGAACUUCCUGACACCCUGAAGAUACACAAUGUAUUCUAUGCGGGGCUACUAUCCAAAGUCCAUGAGUCCCCAAGUCAACCACUCCCAGAGCGCCCCCCUCCUGAAACAAUAGAAGGGGAGGAAGAAUAUGAGGUUGAACAAAUCAUUGACUCCAAAAGACAACAAGGAAAGUGGUUCUAUUUGAUCAAAUGGAAGGGAUAUGGUCCAGAAGACAACUCAUGGGAACCUGAAGAGCUGUUAGAACAUAGCAAAGAAGAAAUCCGUUGCUUCAACCAGUCACAACUGAAAAAGGCUUGUGACUCCGCCAAGAGCCUUUAA